AAUUUGCGAAUAAUCAUUAUUUUAUUAGGAAGGUGAGAAGGUUCAGCGGAAUGUAACAACUGCGGAUACUUUAAUGGACCUAAUAAGAAAUUGUUUUCCUCCCAAUAUAAUCCAAGCUAACCUGCAACAAUAUCAGACAUCUAUUAUAUAUCCAGGGGAAGAAUUUAAUAAUAUAACUGGAGAGGAUCCUGAUGAUAAAAACACGUGGAAAGUUACAAGCAACUGGACAAAUUCUACAAAUAUUCUAGGACUCGUUGUUUUCUCAAUUGUGACAGGGAUAGCUAUAUCAUUAUCAGAAGAGGAGGGGAUACCGUUGCUGAGGUUUGUGGAGAGUGUUAGUGUUGUCAUGAUGAAGGUUACAACGUGGAUAAUCCAUCUAGCACCAAUAGGAGUUCUUUUCCUUAUAGCCAGUCAGAUACUGGAGAUGGAUAAUAUUGCUGAAGAGUUUGGUAAGCUUGGCUGGUAUUUUGGAACUGUCAUGCUAGGAUUAUGUAUUCACGCAUUCAUCACACUACCUCUCAUCUAUAUAAUAUGCACUCGAUCCCUACCAUUCAGAUUCCUGGCAAAUAUGGCAAAUGUUUAUGUGACGGCGUUUGGCACAGCUUCUAGCUCAGCUACUCUGCCAGUCACCAUGAACGCACUUGAGGACAAGAAUGGGGUUGACCCGCGUAUUAGUAGAUUUGUAUUGCCUAUUGGUGCAACUAUCAACAUGGACGGGACUGCUCUUUAUGAAGCUGUUGCGGCAAUUUUUAUUGCGCAGAUGAACGGUAUCUUUCCCAGCAUAGGCCAGAUAAUUGCAAUCUCUAUAACAGCAACCUGUGCUAGUAUUGGUGCUGCAGGAAUACCCCAGGCUGGAUUGGUAACCAUGGUUAUGGUUCUGGAUACAGUUGGUCUUCCAUCUGAAUCCAUAUCCAUAAUUCUAUCCCUUGAUUGGUUGCUGGAUAGGUUUCGCACGGCUAUAAAUGUACUUGGAGACACUAUAGGAGCUGGCAUUGUUGCACAUCUCAGUAAAAAGGAACUUGAAGAAAUGACACUGAAGGAAUUGAAAAUUGAAGAGGAAAAGGCGUUGGAAGAAGAAAAUGACAAACUAUAAACAUGAAGAAACUUAUUUUUUGUUUAGCAUUCACAAAAAUUCCAGAAAAUCGAAAAUUGAUGUCGUCUGCUUUGCGUAAUGCAUGUCUGUAUAUGAAUACUUUGUUAUAUGAAAAAGCAAAAAAAAUGCAAUUUCUUUAUGACCAAAAACUUUUAAAGAACUUGAGCUCUGAUGAAAUUUGUACAAUUUAUUUAAAUUUUAGUUAGAAAGUAAAAUCAAUUUUUUCGGAUUUAAAUUUUUUAAUGCAAUUUUUUAAAAAAGAUUUUUUUAUAGCAAGCUGCCAAGCAUAUAUAAAGUGUUAGACAGAGGGAAGUCUAAGAAUAAAACAAUAUUAUUAUUGAUAUAAAUUGUACAAAAUUAAGAAACUGAGUCUGAUUGAAAUCAAAUCUCAAGUUCUAUCAUUUAUUUGUCAUACUUCUAAUCAUACAAUACGAAUUUAAUAUCUAUGAUUUUCUAUUUUGUCUCAAAAUUUGUAUGUUCAGAAUUUUAUGAAAUAUAUGUAUGUACUCAUUAAAAAUUAAAUUUAGCAAGUGUAUUAAAGGAUAUGGAUCAACGAUGUAAUUAUUGUGUUUCAUCCUCACCAGUGUAUACCAGUAUAUUUAAAAAGAAAGACUCAAAUUUCAAAUUUUUCAUUAAAUGUUUCCUGCAUUUUAACAGCUUUUACACCCCUAUCUAACCCGAACCGAAAACCUUUAAAUACUAAAGCCUGUAUAUAGAUAUAUGUAUUAUCAGGUUGUGAACCGAACAAAAGGAAUAACACUCGAAAGAGGGAAAAUAAGGCGAGUUGGCAAGGAAAACACUCUUUCCAACCACACACAGAUA